AUACUAAAAAUGUAAGAAAAUGAAAAAUAAAGAAGAAUGAAAAAUCAAUUUCGUCAUCUAUUAGGCAAUGGUGGAAAAUCAAAAUAUUUACAAAUAGCUACGCUUUUAGGUAAAUAUGUAAAUAGCUGUGUGUGCAAGAAUCGUUAACGAACACCUACAUAUAUUUGCCUACCAAUGCACAAGUGUAUACAAAUGUAUAUAUGUGGGUGGUGAAAAUUUAUGCGUUUGAACUUAACUUUCAAUAGUUCUAAGGUUUCUUGUAAAAUUUCCAAUUAUUUUCGCGCGUCCUCAAUCGACCAUCCACAUCAAUCGCGUUUAGUUCGACGGAUGUGUUCAUAAGAAACGUUUAUAAUUUUAGAAAAUUUAAGAGUAGUUAAUAUAUUACAAACAUUAACAAAUAAAAUUUCACCAUGCAACUCUAUAAACUAUUAAUCGCGCUUAUUUCUGCACUAACAAUAGCUGAGGGUCUGAGCUUUACGGUGACUUCUAAAGUUUAUUUAGAAGUGAAGCAUCAAAAGAAACCGCUUGGACGCAUAGUUUUAGGGCUGUUUGGUAAAACUGCACCAAAAGCAGUCGCUAAUUUUCGUCAUAUAUGCUUACGUGGCAUUAAUGGCACCACGUAUGCGGGUUCAAAAUUCCAUCGCGUAAUUAAUCGUUUCCUCAUACAAGGUGGGGAUAUUUUAAAUGGGGAUGGUACAGGUUCUACCAGCAUUUAUGGUGAUUAUUUUGAAGAUGAGGCAUUAACCAUUGAACAUAAUCGACCUGGAUAUUUGGGGUUGGCAAAUCGUGGACCUGAUACAAAUGGUUGUCAAUUUUAUAUAACUACUAUAUCGGCCUCAUGGCUAGAUGGUAAGCAUACAGUGUUUGGUAAAGUGCUCGAUGGUAUGGAUACGGUACAUGCAAUUGAAGAUGUUAAAACGGAUACUGAUGAUUGUCCUAUGGAUCCAGUUAUCAUUACCAAUUGUGGUGAAAUCGCAAUAGAACCAUUUGAGUUUUAUCCCGAUGACUUUAACAUAAUGAGUUGGGUCAAGGCCGCUGGACUGCCUGUAAUGAGUAGCUUCAUUGUUUUGUUUAUUUUCCACUACUUUUUCCGUCAACUAAAUAUGUACUGUUGACUAUUUAAAAAUUAUGUAAUUCCAUAAAAUUGUAUAUGUGCGUUUUAAACACUAAUAUUAAAUAUAUUAAUUAUAUAUUUAUAGCAAUAAUAAAAUUUUACAUGUGACUAAAAUAUAAAAAUUUUCCGAAACAUUCUAUUUCGUUUUAUUUGUUCGCAUCGUUUUGCUUUCGAUACUGUUUGGAGAUGAUACCACGUAGUAGAAUGGGCAAAGUUGGCCCUAAGUGCAACUAGAAAUAUAAAAAAUUACAAAUAUUUAAAAUUCUGAUAAAUUUUUUCUAUUUUUUUUUACUCACAUCGAUGUAUAGGUAAUCUUCAAGCAUUUGUCCCUCUUCAUAGAACUUUGCUUCUGGCUUUAUCAACAGUACGAGUUGUGCCUCGCCACUGUAGUAGUUCGUUUUGCUGUUACUAAAUAUUUUACAUAAAGUAAAGUGAUGCUUUUGAUCUUCAUAAACCGAUUUGUUCAAACUAUUGUAAUAGUUUUGCAAUUCUUUGCGUUCCUUGGCACCCACUUCCAAGCGUGUAUGAUGCUCCGUCUUAUCGAAAUCGAAGGAAUGUGCAUGCUUCACUUUUGGAUCUGUUUCCGCAUCAAUGACCCGUUCGUACAUAUUCCGAUAGCGUUUGCCAAAUAAGCUGGGCGAUUUCUUUUCAGCUGCAAAAAAUAGGUAAUCGUGAUCUUCACUGAAAUACAUAAUAUAAAUUAAUAUUUUUUGGAAAUUUUAUUAUUUUCAAAUCUAUAACUAUACCUCUUUCUCACUUCGAAAUCCACAUAUAAUCCGGGUAUUUUCACUUCGGUACGCACAGACGCAAUCAAUUUGCCAGGUCCGUGGAAAUGUAAAUCGAUCGUGAACUUUCUCAACUGUCCCAAAACCAAAACAUUCAUAUUUAAUAUAAAACCCUGUUGAUGGAAUGGCAAGGGUUGUGUGGUGAAAUGUUUCAAGUUAAUUGGCAUGGAUUCACCAUAGUUGCUGAGCAUUUUCAAAUACUCCUGAUGCACUUUACGCAACAACAUAACCAAUUUUGGAUUUUCCCGCAAUUGUCUAAGGAACUUUUGUGUCUCAAUCAGUUGUUCCAAUACGCUUGCAUGUGGUAGCUCCGCAUUAUUAUUAACAAUCACAUAGCUUCUCAUCAUGUGAUAGAAACGUGCCUCGCGACUACUCGUAGUACUCUUAGUGCUGCCCGUUUGUAAGCUACUAAUCGAGUAUUUGGUGGUCAACAUACUGACAUUGUCCUCCUCUCUUGGCGCUGGCAAAUCCUCAUCGUAUUCGGUGAUGGACUUGAAUACUUCGAAAUAAUAAAUUGAUUGUAGCAAUUCAUAUUCCAUCAAUACUUCUACCAUAUCCUGCUCAGGUCGUGCUAAUUUCGUGGUAACCUCAAUUAUAGGCAUAAUACCUUGCCCACGAAAGUGUAUAAUCUGUUCCUCGCUCUUAUUAGCGUUGACUAGUAUGUCGUGUGUGAAUUGCUCGGAGAAGCCCAUUAAGCCUUCAACGGUCAAUAGUUUUGAUUUGAAUUUGCAAAUGUCGAAGGUCUUCUCUCCAAUGAUUUUUGCAUAACCUUGACUGAGACGCUGAUUUUUAUCCACCACAGUUUUAUGACUUAUACUAACUGUGAUGGGAUAUUGUGUGACAUUUAUAAUUCUCACCGAUUGUCUGAAGAGCUCAUACCAAGGCUUAAAAGGCGUAAAAAAGGAUGAGUUGCUUAGGAAAAUCUUAUUUAACUAUUUUUAAAGUAAUACCUGUAUGCCGAGGUAUACACUUUCGGAAGAGAAUUGCAUAACUCUUUCCAAAUUAAUUAGUGUUAUAUCAAAUUGUUGAGGACAACUACCAACUGUGUCGAGUACAAAAACCGCCGUUUUAGCAUAACCUAAAAAAUAUUCGGAAAAACAUUUAGUCUAAGAGCCAACAGGUGGUUCGAUGUAUAUUAAAAAUAUAUCAAGAUUUACCCGGUUUCACCGGGGGUAAAAAUAGUGCACAUUGCGCUGUUUUAAAUUUCGCUAUAUGACCGCUUUUCUCAAUGAAAUGUAUGGUGCGAUCACUAUCACACUCUUCUAUACUCUCUUGUGAGAUAUCAUAGGAAUCUUCCAAAUUCAGCCCAUACAGCACGGCAUCCAAUGUUUUGCGUACAAAUUCUCCAGAAGAGCAACGUUGCGCACUCAAACACUCAUCAUACUGAUCAUCGGCUUUUGUUAUAUAACGUUUAUGUUCCAAAUCCAAAUUGUUUAUGAUUUCAUUGAUGAUUUCAACAAUGCCAAUCGGGUCUUCAAGCUUAUGCAUUCGACAACGAUAUUUCUGGUAGCGCAAUGUCAUAUUCCAUUUAUAAAUUGAAUCUUCAUCUGAAUCGCUGCCAUCAAUAUCCAACAUACGUAGGAUUUCGGAGAGUAUGUCCAGUGAAAAUUUAUAAGUGUCGUCAUACUGGAAAGUGUAAAAUUAUUAUUGAAGAAAGUUACUUAUAUUAUUUACUGCCUUACAUCCGCUACAUAUGUCGUUUUCUCUUCGACUUUCUUCCAUUUGUACUGUGCAUUCAAACAGGAAAUAUUGCGCAAUUCCACAUAGGUGACACUCGCGUUUUCACGUGUAAAUAGUAUCAUAUCCGGUUGCAUGAUUCUCAAUUCUGGACUACGUAUUUUCAAUUUCAACUGCAGUGAUCUCUAUAUAGGGUUCAAUAGUGAAUGAAAGUGGAUAGUUUUUACUUUUCGUAUUACCUGAUAUUUAUUAUUGGCUUCGCAGAGUAUACGGCCAUCGACGGUAGAGCAGAAUUCGUCACGUAUUGCAGAUUUAUUUAGAGCAAUUAUAAUAUCUUUUUGUUCCAGACCUUGCAUGGGAAAAUUUAUGAUUUUGGCGAAAUUUUGCUCAAAAAAAUUCUUUAUUUUAAAAGGUCCCACACUCUUGAGCCAUACUUUGCACUUCACGUCCACCAUGUUCUUUAGACUUGCUAUGGCUUUGAUAACGAAAGAGAGGAAUACAAUAAAAAUGAGAUUUAGAUUAUACUAUAUACAUAUUAUAAUGGCGUUAAACGAGUUGAUCCACUGAUGAAGCAGAUCAAUAGGUCAACUGGCUGGUGGGUCCCACAACUUCUAUAGAAAUAUUUACCGUAAUAUAAAAUCAUAGUUUCACUCUUACCCAACACCGGAUGUUCUUUAAAAAUAUGCGUUCUAUUGUACUCCAUAUUGAUUGCUUUCUGACACCAAUGUAUUUCCGGUUCCACAAAUGUAGCGGUUGCUAUAAAACGUAUUGUAUGCACUUUUAGUUUGUGCUCUUGAUCAAUAGUUCUCACACGAAAUUCAUUAAAAAGUUCACCAGCUUCACACGAAUCUGCUGUUAUAUAUAAUGUACCCACCGAUUGUGGCGCCAGACAGAGUGUUUUCGGUGACACAGUCACAUGACCAUGUCCAAGUUCAAUGGCACAUUUUGUGACAUUAUUCCUUAGUUUAUCUAUAUAUAUGCAAUAUCUAUGCUUGCCAUUAUUCGUCAAUUUCACCUCUUGUAGGUACCUUGGUACAUCCGAUUCGUAUUCAUCAAAACAAUUCACCAUAAGUGUACCACAAUCAUGACCUUUGAAAAUGUCCGGUUCCAAAUUAAGGGGUGAACCCUCCACAACGUAGAUGAUUGGUAUUUCCUGUAUAAUUAUAUUAAGUCGGAGGAGUUGUAAAACGAUAUAUCACAGUUCGCUUACUAUGAUACUACAAUUCGCCACAUUUAUGAGUAAGGUAUUAUGAUAGGUUUCGGCAUCGUAGAAUUUCGAAAAAAUUGACACAUAAGUUCCCUGUCCUUCUGGUGAGAGUGUGGCGCCAAGAGGCUCAAUAUAUUGAUGUUUGUAAUUUUUCUAGAAAUAUCGGUAGUAAGGAAGAUAGUAAGUAGUAAACCGUAAAAUGAGUAUUAGAUACUCAUGUCUUGGGUUCUUAAGAAAAAAAGUACUAAACUCACCAAUCUCACUGUGAAUCUCGUCACCGUGGGCGUAUCAUUUGUUAUAUAAAUGUGUUCCACAGUUGAUUCGAGCACCCUCUGCCUUCUAUAAACUCGUGUCGUAGAUACUUUAAUUUUCACAGGCUUCACAUUGGCGACUAUAUGAAAUGGUGAACCAUUCAAAUUCCCUACGAUUUUUAUGCUGCAAAAAUUAUAUAUUUUAAAUAUCGUUAUAAACUACUCUUUUUGUUGUCGCUUACAGUCCAGAGAGCUUAACUUUGCCCAAGCGAUGAAAUAUUACCGUAGAAUGUACUACGACUUGUCCAAAUGCGGGUAUGAAAAAUUUCAAAAUAUUUUCCGGAAAUAUCAUUUCGCCACUUUCAUCCGAAGGCUGAAAAUAUACCAAAGAAAAGAAAGACAUUUGAAUUUCAGCAGUUUAAGCGCAGUCUCAAUAUAAUUACUAUAACAUCGUAGUAAAAAAAGCCGGGUACGUUGAAUGAAUUCUUAAAGAGCAUAGCACAUUGCACCUCAUCAUCGAUGUAAGUCGUUUCCGAUUCGUAGCUAAUCUCUUGUGUGAAAUUAAUAAUCGGCAGAUGGCAGGCAUAUUCCAUCCAAAGUUUGGUUGUAAACAUUUUCGAUGAUACAAAAAAGCUGUCUCGCAGAUCCCAAGACAAAUCCACAUUUUUCAUAUUCAUUUCCUCCUCGGUUAUUGGACAAAUACGCACGUUAAGCGCACGAUUGAAUAAGCCGACGCGGUUUGGUAUGAGCAGUACCGUUACCGUUUUACCCGCAUUCGGUUGUAGAUAUAUGAUUUCCUUAUCGCAGUAGAUCUCUUUCGGAUUGAAUGGUAUAAUAUUCCAAUCCAUUUGUGCGUAAUUCGCAAAUUGUUUGAGCGAAUUGAAGUAAUUGGUCUUUAGUAGCACAUCUAAAGUCGCACUGACAACACAUUCUUCGACCUCUUUGUUCUCCAAAUGCCGCGCUUCUCUUAAUUGCCGAAUAAUGGUGAAGGCGAAGUCGGGUAUGUUCUCUGUAGGGAGGAGAAUAUGAAACAUAUUUGAAAUCAAAAAUUAAAUAUCACUGUCAAUGCUCACCCAAGAUUUCCUCUUCGAAAUAUGUGCUGCAUGUGGACUGUUCGGUGCUUACGGAGCGAUACGAUAGCAAUGAUUCCGAUUUACUUACUAACUGUACCGUUUGUUCUCCUUCAUACGCAUACGGAUCGAAUUCCUCCUCCGCCAUUGCAAUCAUUGCGGAUAUAUAAUCUUUAACUGUUAUCACCGGCAAACCGUCAGCAUCGUUCACAUUUAGUACCAAAGGAGUCUCGUCACCAUCUUCGCCAACGGUGAAUUGUAGCGCAACCGGCAUCAUAAAUGGAUUCACUAGCAAUAUGAAACGUUUGCACGGUAUGCCGAAUGGUACAUAACCAAUAUCCAAUUCAUCUGGAAACAUUUUAACGCGCGCAUGCAAGGAGUGACCUCUGUGUAGGAGAAUUUAGAUAUGUGAUUCCAUAUCUAAAUACUUGAACAGUUAUAAACACCCACCUUAUGUUCACUUCUUCCAUAAUACCGUUUUUGACCUUAAAACGUAGUUUUGCCACAAAAGCGCCAAUCACCUUUGAGAAAAACGAAAUACGAAAGAUACCACUUUGACAAGGUUCCAAAUUGUAACCCUCUUCCGGUUGUACAACAGCACCGGCAGUGUCGGAGUUAAAAACAUCUUUGAACUUGAUAAUCGCAUUCACUUUACCUAUUGAAAAAUUAAAGAAAAUAAUAAAAAUAUGUUCAAGAAUCCUCAUCUACUUGAAGUCGCAUAAAUGGAGUUUUACAGAUUUGACAGAGACCUCUUUUGGAAGAAUCACUGAAAUAACGAUGCGGGUACUCACCAUCCACGUUCAAAACCUUAAUAAUCGCGCAGUGUUCUUCCCCCAUAUAAACGGUACGUAUGUAAAUUUCUUUUGGCGUGAUCUCUACUUCCGGUCCAAUUAUAGCACCUUGAAAAUUUAUCAGUUGACGUACCAUUGAUAUUUCAUCGCCAAUAGUUAGAAAUAAUAUCGUCCUCACUUUGUGUGGUGAGGACUCUUCAUCCUUAAAAUCACACUCUGCAAGUGUAACCGGACAAAAUCGUACAGGGAUCUCUAAUGAACUUUUGCCUUGAAUCGUAAAAUUCUGUCCAAAAAAAUAUAUUUUAAUUAUAUAGUAUAUAUAUCGGAUAAGCAGAUUUUGUUGAGAUCUCCUUACUAAUCUCUAAAUUUACCAUAUUCUUAAGCUUAAAUUUUGUACUAUUAAUACUCACCUCAUUGGGGAUUUGAAAGUGUUUAUAAGCCACUAAAUCACAUGGGUUGGCUAAUGGUGAAUGAAUCAUGCUGAAAGAACUGGAACUACGUAUUGAAUAUGCCUGUGAUUGUCUUACAUCCGAUUUAUAGUCAGGAUUGUCUGCUAAUUGUAUUGGAUCGCUAAAGAAUGUUGUUGUAAAAUGCUUCUCCUCAUUCGAUUCAUUACAAAUAAUGAAACUGCGCGUUGUCUCCCGUUCAUAUUUCAACGCCUCGAAGGUUAUGAGAUUUGUGUUCAUGUAAAAUGAAUUUAUUAGUGGACUAUGCAUUAUCUGAAUAUCCAAAUUAACUGUAAA